AUGAUAGCAAAGCGGCCCCAGUCUGGCGUCGAGCUCGGCGAGGUCCGUGCGGGCCUGCCCCUCGACCGCCUCGUCCCCUACCUCGAGCAGCGCAUCCCAGCCUUCACCGGCCCCGUCCGCUUCGGGCAGUCCAACCCCACAUACCUCCUCACCCCCGCCGCCCCCUCCCAGUCAUUCGUCCUCCGCCGCGCCCCCUCCGGCACCCUUCUUUCCUCCACCGCCCAUCGCGUCGACAGAGAAUACACCAUUCUAUCCGCUCUCAACACUCACAACGCGAGCGUCGUUCCGUCCCAGGCAGUCCCAGUGCCGAAAGUGUACUGCCUGUGUGAGGACAAGGACGUCGUCGGCGCUGCAUUCUACGUGAUGGAGUAUCUCCAAGGACGGAUCUUUACCGAUGUAAGAAUGAGAAGUCUAGAAGAGAAAGAGCGGUGGGAAUGCUGGAGGUCUGCAGUGACCACCUUGGCGAGGCUGGCUACCAUCCCUCUCUCAUCACUCAACCUACCGCCUUCCUUUGCCCCCGCGCCAUCAAAGAAGCCAUACUUUCCCCGCCAAGUCGUCUCUUUGCUGAGGGUAUCAGACUCGCAAUCAAAGGCCAGAUCGAAAGAGACGGGAGACAUCUUGGGUCCAAUAUGGGGUACCAAUGAGCUGAAGCCUUGGCUGGAGCAGGGGGCGAUGCGUAUCGCAAAGACAGAGAUCAAACAUGACAUUGGGGCUGUCGUCCAUGGGGAUUUCAAGAUAGACAACCUUAUAUUUCAUCCGACAGAACCACGCGUGAUCGGGAUCCUCGAUUGGGAGCUGUGCACUCUUGGCUCACCUCUUGCAGACCUCGGCAAUCUCCUCCUGCCUUUCUCAUUCCCGCCUCUGACUCCUGAACAACGUACCAUUAUCUCGGGGGGUGUCGGAGACGGGGCCGACCUGAACCUCCUUCUAGGACUAAAGGGUCUGAGCAGCAAAGAAAUAGGCAUACCUGAUCGAGAUUACUUGGAGAAGCACUGGGUCGGGGAGAUGAAGAAGGGGUAUGAAUACCACAACAAACCUGCGGCAGUAUGGACGUGGCCAAUCGACGGUAUGGCUUGGGUUCGCUCAUGGAUGCUCUUUCGACUCGCAAUCAUUGCCCAGGGUAUUGCAGCUCGCGCGAUGCUUGGCCAGGCUAGCUCGGCGGAUGCGAGAGCAGACAGUCGGCCUGUCUUUGACUUUUAUGGACAUGGGGCUUGGGACAAUAUGGUGGAGGCGCAAAAGGAAGUGAAGGGUUCGAAAGCCAAAUUGUAA